AUGAAUGCUAUUCGUGUGCAAAUACAUUUAAAAUAUUUCUGUGAUGAAAAUUCAUCAAAACAAUUUCAUAAUUUUUGGUAUGCGUUUGAACCAUCGAAAUUAUUGACUGUUAAAGAUAUUCUUGAGGAUAUUCAAUUAAAUUAUUUGAAAGAUCAAGAAAAAUGUGAUGAACGAACAUUUAUUAUUCAUCUCGAUGAAUGUCAAUUAUUACCAUUUACUUCAAGUCAAAUUUUACGUGAUAAUGAUCGAUUAAUUCUUAUGCCAUUAACAGCACAUAAACUACAUCAAAAAUCAUUUCAAGAUUCAAUUAAUUUUAAUAUAUCCUCAUCUACUGCAAUCGAACCAUCAGUGAUCAAAGCGGAUAAUAAUCAUAAACAACGACAAGAUUUAGAAUCUACUAGACAAGAUAUGUUAACAGAAUCAACAAUUGCAAUCGAACCAUCAAUGAUUACAUCGGAAGAUAACCACAAACGACGACAACGUCUAGAAUCUAAUGAACAAAGUAUGUCAACAGAAUCAACAAUUACAAUUAUACCAUCGAUUAUUAAAUCGGAAAAUAAUCAUAAACGACGACAACGUUUAGAAUCUAAUGAACAAAGUAUGUCGACAGAAUCAACAAUCACAAUCAUACCAUCCGUUGAAAUUGUCAAUGAACAACCACGUAAAAAGAAAACAAAGGAGAAAUCAAGUGCAGAUCAAGUCAUUAAUAUACCAAUUAUUCAAUGUAUACCGGAACCACCGGUUACUCAGUCUAUACCUAAAUCACCACUAGUACAACCGGUAGUACAAAAGCCAAAAGAACCAAUCAUUGAACAAGAAAUAAAUUCAGAACUUCCAUUAUCACUUCCAUCAACUAAUGGUUAUAUUCGUGAAUUAAAAUCGAAAACACCAGCAUGGAAAGCACAAAAACCUUUACCUAAAGGAAAUGUUAAAGACAAAUCACAUGUACGAUUCGAUUCUGAUAGUGAUGAUGAAUCUUUAUCACAAACGUCAGAUAAAAUCGAAGAAAUAAGUACAUCAACUAUAACUGAAGAAAUGAAUACAUCAAAUACAAUCGAAGAGAAAAAUACAUCAAAUAUAAAUGAAGAAAAAGAUACAACAAACCCAUUACCAUUGGUUAAUGGUAGUAAUAGUUCAGUUCGUAUACAAUACAUUCCAACACCAGUCGCAACAGAUGUGAUUAAAGAUUCUACGAAAACAAAUAACAAUAACAAUAACAAGAAGAAAACUAUUGAUCUUCUUUUCGAAAUGAAACAACAUAAAACUGUUGAAGAAAAUCAAGCUAAAAAAAUUCGACAACAAUUAGGUAAAAAACGUGCACAACAUAAAAAACGAGCAUUAGAAUAUAUGUCAAUGGCAAAUUUUGUUGAUCAAGCGUUUGGUCUUGAUAAAAAUGAUCUUGAAAAUCAAAUAGCAUCAAAUGGAAAUCAUUCUUCAUCUUCUUCUCCACAAACUCUACCAACCUCAUUUAAUAAAUUAGCUCGUUUACCACUUGUUGCUGAAGCUAUUGAAAAUAAUGAAAAAAUAUAUGAUCUCUACCCUCCAAUAACACAAUGUCCAACAAUUCAAACACGUAUAGCUUUUAAAUUACUUGAAUUAAGUGAAGAUUUUUGUCCAAAAAUGUCAGAAUUUAAAGAAGGAACAGUAAUUGAUGUGAAUGAAACAACCGGUGAAUUAACUAUACAACUUGAUAAACCAUUACAAUCAGCUUUUAAUCAACCAUCAAAAUUCUAUGCACCAUCAGAUGAAUUAUUAGAACAACAAGAAGAAGAAUCAACAACAACUGAUUAUUAUGUUAUAAAAAUUUGUAAACAUUUACUUGACAACGCUGAUCGAGUGAGUGUGAAAAAAGACAUUAUGGCUCAUAUAGCUCUUAAUAAUAAUGGUAAUAAUACAACACCAUUUAUGGAUCGAUUAUCACAUGCUGUUAUUAAGGAAACAUCCAAAAACUUAAAACAUUAUAUGGAUGUAAAGCGUCGUGAAAAUGCUUUUAUUCUUAAUCCAAAUUCUUCUGCAUUAGAUCCUGUACCGAGCAAAGCUCGAUAUAUGUACGGAACAACAAAAGAAUAUCCACCACCUUACGGUUCUUCUUAUUCUGAUAAUGAUAUUAAAAUUUAUAUGCGUAGUUUUCAACAACAAAGAAAACAAAUUAAUCCAACAGUAAAUACUCCAGAAAAACGGAUGUGUCGUCAAGAACUUACUUUUCACAUGCGUCCAAAUAGAUCUUCAUCAAAAGAAAAUCAAAAAUUUGCUGAACUCAAUUUAAGACCAUCGGUACGAGCAAGUUCAGCAUGUAGUGCAACAAAUACUCGAGAAUUUCGAAGAGACAUACCUAAGCCUGCAUUUAAACUAUCACGUGUUGAACAAAAUCGAUUAAUUGAUAAUACAGCAAAUAUUCUUGCAACAAUGAUUAAUACACGACGAUCAAUAUAUGAAACAAGUUUCUUAUCACAACAAAUGCCACAUACAUAUGUUUCACGAAAUACAAAUCCAUCUCCACGUCCAAUAGAUGAACAAUCUAAUAUACAAUCGGUUUUACCAUCUGUAUCACGUUUAUCAAUUGAUUCAGGAGCAUCAAUAAAUAAUCAACAGCCUGUAAAACAAAAACGUAAAACUAAAAAUCCUGUUGAAAAAGCACGAUCAAUUAUGAAUAAAGCAAAACCAAUUAGUAAAGCAAUUCUUUGUGAAUAUAAAGUUUCAAUUACAACAGGAAAUUGUAAUGGUGCUUCAACAGAUGCACCUAUAAGUAUUCAAUUUUAUGGAACAAAUGGAUAUACACCAUCUCUUAAUCUUAUCAAUUCUGAAAACCAUCGAAUGCCAUUCCAAAAAGAUCAAACUGAUAUUUUUACAAUUCAAACAUAUCAUGUUGGACAAUUAGCUGGAAUUAGAAUUGGACAUGAUCAAAAAGAUAUACAAUCAGCUUGGUUUUUAAAUAAAGUAUCGAUUUUUGAUCCAAUUCGUGAAAUAACUUCUGACAUAACGUGCAAUGCUUGGCUAUCGAGUAAAUCAAAUGAUCAAAAGACUACGCGUGAUUUUCCAGUUAAUUUAAUGGUAUCACAUAGAGAACAGAUCGAUUCUGAUGAACAUCGAGAAUUUGUCGAUAGUCAAUCAGAUUUUUCGACAACAACUGAGCUUACAACAUCAUCUAACAGUACAAAUCGAAGUCAAGACAAUCAAUUAAUUAAACAUAAACGAACUAAAAAACAUCAUAAACAACGUCGUGUAUCAAUUGGUCCAACAACAGUUGCGAAAAGGUCAACACCACCAACUACACAUACAAAUCAUUCGUCUCAAACACCACCUGUAACUAAAAAUGAAUCUCCUCCUUCUUCUCCUCCUUCAAUGGUUCCAAAACGUCGAGUUCCCUCACCAAUUAUUUUAUCAACAUCCUCUUCAGAUACUGAAAUUGAAGAGGCUGCUGCUAAUCGUAGUAGUUCAUCGAGUGCAACAACAACACCAACAUUUGAUAAAUCUGAUAUAAAACGUACUAGUGCUCAUAAAAUAUCACCAACAACAAAUGAUACAUUUACACAAGAUUUAGUUGAUUAUGGUCGACCAGCAGCUCGAUUAGAAAAACAUCAUUCACCAAUACCUGUUUCACAUAAAUCACCAAUCAAAAAUAAAGAAAAAGAAGGAGAUGACUUCUUUGAUUAA